AUGGCCGUCACUUUGCCUUCUACGAGUGGGACACGGACGUCAAGGCGAUUUUGGGCAAGGUCCGCGUUGUCAUUGACGAGGUCGCCAGCGACUGGCCUCGCGACCUCAAGGACACGUGCCUCAAGGAGACCAGCCUCGCCUUCGGAUACUCGGGCACCGUCCUGCAGAACCUCGCCAAGGCCGCCUCCUGAUCCGUGUCGAGUUGCCGCCGCCCGGCUUGGGGGUAGCAUGGCGCAGUCUCGCUGUAUUCCUCGCUGUAUUCCUCGCCGCACCCCUUGUUCUGGUAGCCUUUUAAACGCGCCCAUCCGCACAUCACACACACCUGGUUGCCCGCCUCGCUCACUGCCCUCCCGCGCUGCCCUCCCGCGCUGCCCUCCCGCUAACUGCCUUCCGUAUCAUCACCAGCGCCCCGCCCUUAUUCCCCCGUCCACUCAACACUCCAACCCCCCCUGA